GGUUCCUCAGAAUCAUUAAGCUAACAACUUUCUUUUCAUUCGAAUCAUUCUCGAUUCCUUUAAUCUUCCUAAAAAAUUCAAUCUUUUCAAAAUUGAGAGUAAAACCCAUUUGCAUUAUGUUUAAUUCCAAUUAAAAUUCUCAACCUUUCAUCCCCAAAUUCUGAAAAAAGUUUUGUCUAUUUUUGGUAAAAACAGUUCCGUCUUCAAGUUGCAGAGAAAUAUUAAGUAAAAGAUAUGGUGUCACAUGAAGAGAACGUUAGUAUUGUGGAAUGGUUUCUUGGUCCGCAUGCAUACACGUAUCCUCCUUAUGGCGUUGAGUUGAUUCACGAGGAAGACCAAUCGCUUCAUCAUCAUCAUCAGAGCGGUGAGUAUUACAGAGAGUAUGAAGAUCAUCAUACUAGCAGCGAUGUAGAUAAUGAUGAGAUCAUUGCAAGAACACUCCAAGACGAUUUUUUGCAGCUUCAAAUUUCAGAAAAUAAUGGCAAUUAUUCAAAUCAUCAUCAGCACCAACAAGAAGAAGGUUAUACUCACAAUUAUAGCAGUAAUAAUUACGAGUAUGGUUGGAACGAUCAACCUACUAGGGAUUACUCUUCAGAAUGGUUAGGGAAUGAUAAUGAUCAAGAUGGUUCGCCUAAUAUCUAUUCAUGUUCAAGUCCGAGUGACACGGAGGAGUAUGUGUACUCGUGGGAAUCAGAUCAGUGUGAUACUGAUGGUGAAUUUGGGAGGAGAUUGAAUCAGAUGGUCCCUAUUCCUUAUGUACCGAAAACAAAUGGAGAGAUACCACCUGAAGAAGAAGCGGUUUCAGAUCAUGAUAGACUUCGAAAUAGGUUAGAGAUGUUCGACUUCGCAGAGGUCAGAGUUCCAGGAGAUGGUAACUGCCAGUUCCGUGCUUUAGCUGAUCAACUUUACAAAACAGCAGAUCGUCAUAAACACGUUAGAAAACAAAUUGUAAAGCAGCUUAAAGCUAGUCCAGAUUCUUAUGAAGGAUACGUGCCUAUGGAAUUCUCUGACUAUCUCAAGAAAAUGUCUCGGAGCGGCGAGUGGGGUGAUCAUGUUACAUUACAGGCAGCUGCAGAUGCGUAUCGGGUGAAAAUAGUAGUGUUAACGUCAUUCAAGAAUACAUGUUAUAUUGAAAUUAUUCCCACCUCUCAAGAAUCCAAAGGGGUAAUCUUCUUGAGCUUCUGGGCAGAGGUUCAUUACAACUCCAUAUACUUAAACAAAGAUACAUCUGCAACCGAGUUACAGAGGAGGAGAAAAUGGUGGCGUUUUGGAAACUAGACAGAGCAUGGAUGAACCUAUAUUAUUAUUUAUUUAACUUGAGAAAGAGAUGUUCUUUGAAAUAGUUCCUUUGUAGAGAGGAUGAACAAAGCUCACAACUUCAUAAGUCUUGCAAUAAUAGAAGGACACGUGGUCAUAACGUACA